AUGGUAUCCAUGUUACAGGGAUUUGAGGAGGAAGAACUCCCAGAGGACUUUACUCCGGGACAACCAGCCACGGAGGCUUUGAUGAAGGAGCUCGAGAUAGAUAGGCUUGGCGGAUUUUUCACAACCCUUCAGAACGUCCGGAACGAAAGCCCUGAGCAAUUGAUUGCUGCUCGCGAUCCUAGAGCUGUAGUCACUUGGCGAGAUGGAAUUGCCGAGUUGACCUCGAACGGCGGGAUGAUUCGUAACGACAAAGCAGAACAGCUGUACCAACAAGCUCCUUCAACUGCCGGGAGUGACGGAGCAUUGUCUGCCAUGACUUACAAGCUAAGUCGUGCUGAAGUCAAAGCCGCCCUCGCGCACCCAGAAGCGCCCGUCAUUCAGGGCUGUAAGCCACGAAGGGUUCUCACCGAAUGCGACCGUAUCCAGGAAUCUAUUCACAUAGAUUCCCUGGCAAAGAACAAAUACACCUCUCAGAUGCAACCGGCUAUGUCCCGAAACGAAAUCAUCCUCGACGAGUGGGAUCGAGCAGAUGCAGUAGCCUGCAUACACAAGCACAACCAGCAGCAGAAGCUGAAGCAACAAGAGGAAGAGAGCGAGGAGGCAGCUCGUCGCCGACGUCUCAAGAUCUACCGAUCUGUGGAAAGACACAUCGUCGAGGGCCGGCGCCUUGCGGUCAAAAUCAAUCGCGAGGCGACCGCCGCCUUUCAAAUGUGCGAGCACUUGGAUGAAGAGUACGAGAGGUUGAGGGGGCAAAUUCUCCGUUAUGCCGAAGAUUGUGGCCAUGAUCCCACUGACAACCUGCAACACGCCGUCGAUCUUAUCCGAAAAACGCAGCAGGAAGAAGAAAUCACGUACCGCAAGUAUGAGGGGUGUGAGCCUGCGGAUCCUGAGAGCCCCGAAUCCGUGGUGGCUGCUCACUAUGGUCGCGAUUAUCAUGAAAUCGCUGGUAACCAUGUCGAUAAGACCGUUGAUCCAACCAACGAGUUCUUUUGAUCUCCCACCAACAGAAAUGGGAGACGACGAAGCAGAGAAAAGGUGAAAGAAAGAAAGACAGAAAGA